AUGGCUGAGAGGAAGCAAUCCGGGAAGCAGGCAGAGGACGAAGAGGUCCCUGCCUUUUUUAAAAAGCUGGGCUCAGGCAGCCCCAAGCCCCGACAGAAAUUCUGUGGCAUGUUCUGCCCGGUGGAAGGGUCCUCGGAGAACAAGACCAUCGAUUUCGACUCGCUGUCGGUGGGCCGGGGCUCGGGGCAGGUUGUGGCUCAGCAGCGGGACGUCGCCCACUUGGGCCCCGACCCGCAGCCGCCGUACUCCCGGCAGGGCCGGCGUGCCGGCGGGGAGCCAUCUGUUGAAUCGAGCCGGAAGGUGGAGAUCCGUCGGGCCUCGGGCAAGGAAGCCCUGCAGAACAUCAACGACCAGAGUGAUCGUCUUCUGAUCAAAGGAGGUAAAAUUGUUAAUGAUGACCAGUCAUUCUAUGCAGACAUAUACAUGGAAGAUGGGUUGAUCAAGCAAAUAGGAGAAAACCUGAUUGUGCCGGGAGGGGUGAAGACGAUCGAAGCCCAUUCGAGGAUGGUGAUCCCAGGAGGAAUUGAUGUCCAUACCCGUUUCCAGAUGCCUGACCAGGGAAUGACCUCUGCUGAUGACUUCUUUCAAGGGACCAAGGCAUCCCUGGCCGGGGGAACCACCAUGAUCAUUGACCAUGUUGUUCCUGAACCUGGGACAAGCCUGCUGGCAGCCUUUGACCAGUGGAGGGAAUGGGCUGACAGCAAGUCCUGCUGUGACUACUCUCUGCAUGUGGACAUCACCGAGUGGCAUAAGGGCAUCCAAGAGGAGAUGGAAGCCCUGGUGAAGGACCAUGGGGUGAAUUCCUUCCUCGUGUACAUGGCUUUCAAGGAUCGCUUCCAGCUAACGGAUUCCCAGAUAUAUGAAGUACUGAGCGUGAUCCGGGAUAUUGGUGCGAUUGCCCAAGUCCAUGCAGAAAAUGGCGACAUCAUUGCAGAGGAACAGCAAAGGAUUCUGGAUCUGGGCAUCACCGGCCCUGAGGGACACGUGCUGAGCCGGCCUGAGGAGGUCGAGGCCGAGGCUGUGAAUCGUUCCAUCACCAUUGCCAACCAAACCAACUGCCCCCUGUACAUCACUAAGGUGAUGAGCAAGAGCGCAGCUGAAGUCAUCGCCCAGGCCCGGAAAAAGGGAACUGUGGUGUAUGGUGAGCCCAUUACCGCCAGCUUGGGAACUGAUGGCUCCCACUAUUGGAGCAAGAACUGGGCCAAGGCUGCUGCCUUUGUCACCUCCCCACCCCUGAGCCCCGAUCCAACCACUCCAGACUUUCUGAACUCCUUGCUGUCCUGUGGAGAUCUCCAGGUCACUGGCAGUGCCCAUUGUACUUUCAACACUGCCCAGAAAGCUGUAGGAAAGGAUAACUUCACCUUGAUUCCGGAGGGUACCAAUGGCACCGAGGAGCGGAUGUCCGUCAUCUGGGAUAAGGCUGUGGUCACUGGGAAGAUGGAUGAGAAUCAGUUUGUGGCUGUGACUAGCACCAAUGCAGCCAAAAUCUUCAACCUUUACCCCCGGAAAGGACGCAUUGCUGUGGGAUCUGAUGCUGACCUCGUCAUCUGGGAUCCGGACAGUGUUAAGACCAUCUCUGCCAAGACGCACAACAGUUCUCUUGAGUACAACAUCUUCGAAGGCAUGGAGUGCCGUGGCUCCCCACUGGUGGUCAUCAGCCAGGGGAAGAUUGUCCUGGAGGAUGGCACCCUUCAUGUCACUGAAGGCUCUGGGCGCUACAUCCCCCGGAAGCCCUUCCCUGACUUCGUUUACAAGCGUAUCAAGGCAAGGAGCCGGCUGGCGGAGCUGAGAGGGGUUCCUCGCGGCCUAUACGAUGGACCAGUGUGUGAGGUGUCUGUGACACCCAAGACAGUCACUCCAGCCUCCUCGGCUAAGACGUCUCCUGCCAAGCAACAGGCCCCGCCUGUCCGGAACCUGCACCAGUCUGGGUUCAGCUUGUCUGGGGCUCAGAUUGAUGACAACAUUCCUCGUCGCACCACCCAGCGCAUCGUGGCGCCCCCUGGUGGCCGUGCCAACAUCACUAGCCUGGGCUAGAGGUCCUGGGCCCACCGCAGUCCACUUGGGGAUGGGGAAUGGGACACCUGAGGACAUUCUGAGACUUUCUUCCUUUCUUAUAUCUUCCCCUUUAAGAGCCUGUGAUAGUUACUGUGGGGCAGCCAGUUCAUGGGGCUCCUUCUUGGGCCCUGCGCUUAGUCCCUUACCUGGAAGUCACUGAUACUGCUCUUCCACUUCCCUACACAUUUACGAACAUCACACCCAAAUAUAGCCACCAAUCCCAACAAUGGAACCGCAUCCAACACUCAGACAUGCGAAACAAAGCAAAUCACAAAGAGUGUGUUUUUCAUCUCGAUCCUCUGUUGUACUUGUCAGCAUCUUCCUUUUAAUGGAGGAAGAUAAAGUGAAUUUCCCAAGAGCUGCCUUUUUCUUUUUAAAUUUUUAAAUAAUUUUUUUCUUGGGGCUGGGUGGGGGUGGGAGUUGGGAGGAGAGCUUUUGUUUUUAACACUAAAUUGGAAAGUCUAAUUCAACAUUGAUACAAGGGGUUUGAACUGGACAUCCUAACGAUGCAAUUACGUAACCGUUGAGCUUAUUCAGGGUAGUUGGCAACCUGGUCAUGUCCCUCCUGAGUGGCUCCAAAACGUCCACAUCUCCAUUCUGUAGUCUUCUGGGUCAACUGUUUGUAAAAGGCAUGUUUUCUUUUUGGCCUAAAUUUUGCUGCAGAUUGAGUUUUUUGGUGGAUUCUUUUCUCUUUUUGCCUAUUUUGUGCUCUCCUGCUUUUUCAUUUAUGGAUAUUUUUAAGUGUCCGUCUCGUGAAUAUUUUCAAAUAUCUGUUUCUUCUGGUCCUUGUCUCUGAGAUGGUUUUUCUCUCCUUCCCUCAUUGUCUUUUCAGAUUGCCAGGUCUGUCAUUUUACUGUUGUUAUCCAAACCUGCCCUGAGGGCUUUGAGCUUUGCCAUCUCAGCCAUAGUAAUAUGCUGCCCUAGGCCUUGUCAGACUGGUGUAACCACCUGCCAUCGUGCGGGCAUGCAUUUGAGUGUGAGUCAUUUCCCAGGUGCAAGGACGGGCCUCGUUAACUCACCCACACUAUUACACAUUGGCCCAGGGUAGAACCUCAAACAGUGCUGAGAUGUUGAAGAAAUCUGAGGCUGUACAAUGUGAAAGCAUUUCCUCUGUGCAGUGCUAACCAGCUAAAGAAAUGAUCAAACCUAUAAAUUAAGCCUCAUAACCCAAGUGAGUGAACCAACCUGAAGCCAGCCAUCUGCGUCAGAAGGGUUGAAUUAAUGGGAAUCUGGCCCCGAGGUUCUUGUGUUUCCCUAUUAAGUAUCUUUUGAGAUUCUAGAACACAGUGGGGCUUUUGGGGGAAAAAACACACUUUGGGGGAAAAAUGUGUUUUUCUUGUCAAAUUAUUUUGGAAGAAAUAAUGCAAUAUAGGGAGGCCUUAUCAACUCAGAAAAUCCUUGGGAAAUUUGACUUAAAGUUCAUUUUACUUUGCAAGAGGAAAAAUCUGUGCCGCCUCAGAGCUUUUGUAGGGAAAACAACUUACCAGUCAAACAUGAGGCCACCUUUAGACCAUAGCUGAUUUCACAUCUCCUUGUCUGAGGGACAGCUUCCCACUAGCUGCUUCCUUUGUGUGCCGUCCCUGUCUCUGCUGAUUUGUGUUGCAUUUCUUUUAAAUGUGUUUACAGGUUCUCUUAAGAAAUGUUGUAUUUGCAGGCUUUUAUGAAACCAAAUCUGCUUUUGUGAAGUAUAACAUAAAGUAGAUCAUCACAUCAUUAAACUUGUCUGUCCACAUGGUUUGCCUUUGGGGUUAUAGUUGGGUUUUUUUUUUUUUUUUUGGUGUUGUUGUUUAUUUGUUAUUUUAAAAGUAAAUUGCACUUUUACAAAUAAUUGGUUAACUUAAUAUAUUUUGCUUUUUUUCUCACCUGCACUUAGAGGAAAUUUGAACAAGUUGGAAAAAUUUUUUUGUUUCAAUUCUAAGAAACAUUUGCAGCUCUCUAGUAUUCACUUGAGUCUUCCUGUUUUUCCUGUACCAGGUCAUGAUAAUUUUGGUUAUUAUGAUUGUUUUCUUAAAACAAUUUAAAACCUGAAGAUUUCUGCAGGCUGUGUAAGCAUGUUUACCUGUUGGCUUGCUUUGUGUGUCUGUUAAAUGAAUGUCAUAUGUAAAUGCUAAAAUAAAUUGACAGUGUCUCAGAACUGAUUAACUGCAGUGACUUGAUGCUCUAAAACAGUGUAGGAUUUAAUAAUAGAUGGUUUUUAACCCUUGGAAUUGUGAUUGUGACUCAUGAGUGGAGAAACUUUUCAGUGCUAAAGCUGAUAAUGUGUGUAGCCAGAAGAGUACUUUUUUUUUGUAACCACUGUCUUAAAUGGCAAAAUAAUUAUGGUAAAAAACCAGUCUCGUGUUUAUUAUUCCUUAAGAAUUCUGUGUUAUAUUACUAUGGAACGCCUAAUAAAGCAAAACGUGGUUGUUUCA